AUGACUUUUAGAUAUUCUGUGCCUGACCACCCAAUAAGCAUUCCCAGAUCUUCUUCAUGCGAUGACCUGCAAAAUAUAUUGCGUGAACUUCUUGGAAGCCGGGGCGAUACUGUUUCUUUCGAUUUCUUAAUUAACAACGAGUUUGUCGAAGGAACUCUUGAUGAAUUCCUCACAAAGAAAAGUCUUACACUGGAAGUUAUCUCAAUUGAAUUUACUGUUCGCCAAGAAGCACCUGAGGCCAUUCAAUCCAUCAAUCUCGAUGAUUAUGUCAGUUGUGUAAAAAGGAGUGAAAAACUAAUUCUGGUUGGUGAUUAUUGUGGAAAUGUUAAACUGCAUACAGUUAUAUCUGCCGACCCCUUAUUAACAAUCACUUUGGAGGACAAAAUAAAAUGCUUGGAAUGGAUUAAGAAAGGCGGGAAAGCUUCUGAUGACUCAAUUUUCGUUACUGGUGAUUUCAAUCAGAAUAUUCGACUUUGGGUUCUGAAUAUUGAGAAGAAUAGUUUGAUAUGCGCUGCUAUUUGUAAGGGCCAUUCAAACACUGUUAUGUCCCUUGCGGCCACUUCAUCGAUUCCUGGUUGUCAAGCUAAUGUGUUUGCAUCUGGAUCUUCUGAUAAUACAAUCAAAAUCUGGUCGGCAAAUCCAGAUAAAUCAGACCUUUCUUUCGAAACUGGUGGAAUUUCACAUGUGCCUAAAUCUGAAGAGAAGAUCCCCGUUAGAAUUCCACGGCUUACUCUCGCUGGUCAUCGUGCCAUGGUGACUCAAGUUUGUUGGUACAACGAGGGUGGGGGCGGAGCUAUUUCUACCACCACUGCGCCCAGACUUCUCUCUUGCAGUUGGGACCAGUCUCUGCGCCUCUGGGAUGUUGAUGCGAAGUGUAACGGCAACAGUGACAAAGCCGAAACUGCCGCCCCCAAAUGUGGUGAGGCGAGGUGUAUUGUGGUUGGAUCCGCUUUGAAUGAUCUCUCUGCCGCUCCCCACGGCAUUCUCGUCGCCGCUUGUGACAACAAGGUCCGCAUUUAUGAUCUUCGUGCUAAAGACGCCCUCGCUCAAGUCGGUUUCCAAAGUCACAGCGGGUGGCUGACCUCAGUUGCUUGGGCACCCCACCGUUCCGAUCAAUUUGUCACAGGUUCCAUCGACAAAAUGGUAAAGCUCUGGGACACCCGUCGUAUUUCCGCACCCCUCUAUGACCUCAUGGGUCAUCAAGAUAUGGUCACUUGUGUCGAUUGGGCUCAACCUGAUGAUGAUGGCCAACAUUACAUCGUCUCAUCUUCCGCUGAUGCAAAAAUGCCAUUAAUUCUUCUCUGUGGAUACCCAUGUUCGGGAAAGACAACAAUCAUGGAGAAACUCGUGGAAAUGUUACGGGAGGGAAGUCCAGAAUGUGAUAUUGAAAUAGUCUCUGAGCAAGCGAUUGCUAAAGCGAAUCAAGCAUAUAAAGGCGAAGAAGGAAAAGACCCGAGAGAGGCGAUUUUUAAGGACACCGCUUCUGAAAAACAGCUGAGAGCUCAAAUCAAAUCAGAUACAGAGCGAGUGCUUUCAAAGAAGAAAGGAACUUCAACAGGUCUUGUAAUCGUUGAUGGUACAAACUUCAUCAAAGCCCUACGGUAUGAUACUUUUUGUAUUGCGAAAAGCCUUGGACAAAGACAAGCUGUUAUCCAUUGCACAACUCCGGAGAGUAUGUGCCGGGAGAUUAACACAAAGUUAGGUCGAUAUUCUGAAGAAGUCAUUUCAGAUUUGGUCUACCGAUUUGAGUGUCCUAAUCCAAAUGCUCGUUGGGACAAUCCCCUUUACGAAAUCAGUCUCCCGGACGCUAAUUUCUCCCCUGAUCCCGAUGAAGAACUUAAAACAUCCUUGGAAAACCUUGUUAGCAACAUAAUUGCCGAUCUUCUUCAGUCUAAAACCAAAGUGAAGCAGAAUAAAACAACAGUCAUUUCUCGUUCUGUGGCUCCUGAUUACAUCCAAUUGGUCGAAAGGGCUACCACCAAGGUGGUCAAUCUCAUUCUCGAGGCCCAAUCGAAAGGCGAGGAGAAGAUGUGUUUGCCCAAACAAGAGGACAUUUGCCUCCAAUUGAGCGGUAACCUACAUCCCUGGACACGAACCACUCUAGCUAAAGCAAAACGGAAUUUCCUCGCUUUCCUAAGAUCCGGUCAACGGGCAACCAAAGUCAAUGAGGACGAAAUGUGUGUCCUCUUUGUUGGCUUCCUUAACAACGAAUCUCAGAGAGAUGCUUUUCUUGCAUAA